UCCACCCAUGUACGGCAAACAAUCGGUGCGAGAUUGCCCUUUUCUCUUCCUUAUCCCGUUUAUAUGAUCGGAGAGGAACUGCGCUUCAGGUUGGAAGCGGUGCGAUCAUGGCUGAGCGAGUCCAGCAGCCCCCAGCCAAGCGGCACUGCUGCCGGCCCGGCUACAACCCGGCAUGCAGGCAGGGGCAGCGGGCUGGCGGAGUCCUGUGUGGCGGCGCGGGGUCCGCUCCGGGAGGGUCGGGGAACGGAAAAACGCACAACCCCGAGUCGUUGCUCGACAUCGCGGCGCGCAGAGUCGCCGAGAAGUGGCCGUUCCAGCGGGUGGAGGAGCGCUUCGAGAGGAUCCCGGAACCCGUGCAGCGGAGGAUCGUAUACUGGUCAUUCCCGAGAAGCGAGAAGGAGAUCUGUAUGUACUCCUCUUUCAACGCCGGAGGAGAGGAAAGUGGAACUAGCGGGGACAGUAAUGACGAGACCCAGCUGCCUUUCCUGAGGGGUGUCACUCUGCUCGAGGGUGGCUGGGUGGACAACGUUUUACAAGUCGGUUUCCAUCUGAGCGGCACGGUGACGGACCCGGCCACGCCCUCGUCCCCGGAGCUGGUGUGCAGCGUCAGCGUCAGCUUCGACCGCUGCAAGAUCACGGCGGUGACGUGCACCUGUGGCAACAAGGACAUCUUCUACUGCGCCCACGUGGUAGCGCUGUCGCUCUACAGGGUACGGAAGCCCGAGCAGGUCAAACUGCACCUCCCCAUCUCAGAGACGCUGUUCCAGAUGAGCCGGGACCAGCUGCAGAAGUUCGUCCAGUACUUGAUAUCGGUCCACCACACGGAGGUUCUGCCCACUGCUCAGAAACUGGCCGACGAGAUUCUGUCGCAGAACUCGGAGAUCAACCAGGUUCACGGGGCCCCGGACCCCACGGCGGGAGCUAGCGUGGACGAUGAGAACUGCUGGCACCUGGAUGAGGAGCAGGUUCAGGAGCAGGUCAAGCUCUUCCUUUCCCAGGGAGGAUACCACGGCUCGGGCAAGCAGCUCAACCUGCUCUUCAGCAAGGUGAGGGAGAUGCUGAAGAUGCGUGACUCCAACGGAGCGAGGAUGUUAACACUGAUCACAGAGCAGUUCAUGGCCGACCCUCGGCUGGCGCUGUGGAGGCAGCAGGGCACCACCAUGACCGACAAGUACAGGCAGCUCUGGGACGAGCUGGGUGCCCUGUGGAUGUGCAUCGUACUAAACCCUCACUGUAAGCCCGAGCAGAAGUCAUCGUGGUUGCGCCAGUUGCGCCGGUGGAACAGCGUGGAUGUCUGCCCCUGGGAGGACGGUAACCAUGGCAACGAGCUGCCCAACCUCACCCACUCACUGCCUCAGGGUGCCCAUGGCAACCAAGAGAUGCGCCCCCACCGGACCGUGUUCACUCGGGCCAUUGAAGCCUGUGACCUGCACUGGCAGGACCGACACCUCCAGCACAUUAUCGCCAGUGACCUCUACGCCAACUACUGUUACCAUGACAACCAGGAGGGCUCCCUGUUCGACUCGCGCGGCUGGCCGCUGUGGCACGAGCACGUGCCGACGGCCUGCGCCCGCGUGGACGCGCUGCGCUCGCACGGGUACCCGCGAGAGGCGCUGCGCCUGGCCAUCGCUGUGGUGAACACGCUGCGGCGGCAGCAGCAGCGGCAGCUGGAGCACUUCCGCCGGCACAAGAAAGAGUUGCUGCACAAAGGCCACACGUCCAUAACCAACAUGGAGGGCUGGGUGGGACACCCCCUGGAUCCCAUCGGCACCCUGUUCAGCACCCUGACAGAGUCGGGGCGAGUGGGGGAGGAGGGCUCCAACACCUGCUUGGACCUCUCAGACUGCUCCAGCGUGGUGAGUCGGGCGGACCUCCAACGCAUGCCUGUGCAGCGACUGCUGGGAGACGGGGAAUCGUACAUGGCGCUGGCGGUGGAGACCGCCCUGAUCGGCCUGGGCCAGCAGCGGGUGAUGCCCGACGGGCUCUACGCCCAAGAGAAGGUGUGUCGCAACGAAGAGCAGCUGUUGGCCAAGCUGCAGGAAGUGGAACUGGACGACUCCCUGGUCAAGAUCUUCCGCAAACAGGCCGUCUUUCUGCUGGAGGCUGGCCCGUACUCCGGCCUCGGAGAGAUCGUCCACAGAGAGAGUGUUCCCAUGCACACCUUCGCCCGCUAUCUCUUCACCUCUCUCCUACCUCACGACGCUGAACUGGCGUACAAAAUUGCACUGAGAGCCAUGCGGUUGCCGGUGUUGGAAUCAGCCGCCUCGUCCGGCGACCUGACGCGACCCCACCACAUCGUGUCCGUGGUGCCCAACCGCUACCCGCGCUGGUUCACCCUGAGCCACAUAGAGUCCCAGCAGUGUGAGCUGGCCUCCACCAUGCUCACGGCUGCCAAAGGUGACAGUCGCAGGCUGGAGACGGUCCUGGAGUCCAUUCAGAAAAACAUUCACUCCUCGUCUCACAUCUUCAAACUGGCGCAGGACGCGUUCAAGAUCGCCACCCUGAUGGACAGCCUGCCCGACAUCACGCUUCUCAAAGUGUCUCUGGAGCUGGGACUGCAGGUGAUGAGAAUAACCCUGUCCACAUUAAACUGGAGGAGGAGAGAGAUGGUGCGCUGGUUAGUCACAUGUGCCACUGAAGUGGGCGUGUACGCGCUGGACAGCAUCAUGCAGAGCUGGUUCACCCUCUUCACCCCCACGGAGGCCACCAGCAUCGUGGCCACCACCGUCAUGUCCAACAGCACCAUCGUCCGCCUGCACCUGGACUGCCACCAGCAGGAGAACCUGGCGUCGUCGGCCCGCACCCUCGCCCUGCAGUGCGCCAUGAAGGACCCGCAGAACUGCGCCCUCUCCGCCCUGACCCUCUGCGAAAAGGACCACAUUGCCUUCGAGACAGCCUACCAGAUUGUACUGGACGCGGCGGCGACGGGGAUGAGCUACACGCAGCUCUUCACCAUCGCGCGCUACAUGGAGCACCGCGGCUACCCCAUGAGGGCGUACAAGCUGGCCACGCUGGCCAUGGCCCACCUGAACCUCAGCUACAACCAGGACACGCACCCGGCCAUCAACGACGUGCUGUGGGCGUGCGCCCUCAGCCACUCGCUGGGGAAGAACGAGCUGGCGGCCGUCAUCCCGCUGGUGGUGAAGAGCGUGAAGUGCGCCACCGUGCUGUCGGACAUUCUGCGGCGGUGCACGCUGACCACGCCGGGCAUGGUGUCGGCGCUGCACAGCCGCAGGAACUCGGGGAAGCUGAUGUCCCUGGACAAGGCGCCGCUCAGGCAGCUGCUGGACGCAACCAUUGGGGCCUACAUUAACACCACGCACUCGCGGCUCACGCACAUCAGCCCGCGCCACUACAGCGAGUUUAUAGAGUUCCUGGGGAAGGCCCGGGAGACGUUCAUGAUGGCGCACGACGGACACAUUCAGUUCACCCAGUUCAUAGACAACCUGAAACAGAUCUACAAGGGCAAAAAGAAACUAAUGAUGCUGGUGAGGGAGAGGUUCGGCUGAGGGUGAGGCUGGGGGUCCCUAAAAGCCCCCCCCCCCCCCCCCCCCCCCCCCCCCCCCCACUCCCCCUCCCGCUCUAGUACUUUUCUAUUAACUUGAGUCUGCCUUUUGAACUUCUUUUGGACUUACAAGAUAGAUAAGUAAAAAAGAGGGAUGUGACUUGUAGAAUGAAGCAAAAAGAGAAAGGAAAAGAAGACAAAAAAAUCAACAGAGCCACACGCGGUAUUAUUGUUCUUGCUGUUGUUAUUGUUAUAAACAUUACUAUUAUUAUUAUUAUUAAUAAUAUUAUUACUACUAUGUGUACAGAAGUGUUUUUAUUUUUCAGAAGAGAGGAAAUUUGUCACGUUGUGAAUGUCGUGUGUAUUUCUCUACAUGUGUAUGAGAGGAAAAUGAAAAGUGAAAUGGCUUUUUAAUUUUUUUUUUAUUUUUAUGUUUUAAAGCAUCUUUUUUCCCUUUUUCAGUGUAUACUGAGUUAUACGUUGUCAAGUGGCUGAAGCCCUUCUGCAGUAACGAUCAUGUUAAAACAACAACAACAAAAAAGAAGAAGAAGUAAAGAAAAAAAACGACGUCUCGGCAUCCUCAAAGAGAAACUAAGGCUUUAAACCACACAGAGCACCUCCCUUCGUCCGGGCCCGCACCGCUAGGACCCGGGCAGCACUGCACAGCUUAGCUCGGCUCGGCACAGCUUGGGUUAGCACUGACGGAAAGCCGCCAUCAGCAUUUUCUUCAGACUCGGCAGUAGCAGCGGCAGCAGCACUUGAGCAGCCAUUAGUUUUCUCGGGGUCCCAGGCAUUAGCUUCAUUACACACAGCAACGCUCGUGGCCAACUCGUGUUGUUGUUGUCGUCGUAAUCGCACCCACCUCCGUAGUGAGUACCUGUUUCAGACAGAGGACGGUAUGCAGGCGCUACAGUGACGGCACAUUACACAAAGAUAAUGAGUAUUAUUGUUGCAUUAAUGUAAUGUAGUACAGCUGUGAUUUUAGCAGUUCAGUUUCGGCUACAUGUACAUAACUGUUGGGUUCUAGUGAUGCAGAUACCCAGAGGGAGGCCACUACCUCAUAACACGGUAUUGAACCUGUUCCCAGUUUGUAUUUGUUCGUUUGUUUUUGUUUUUUUUUUCUUUUGCAUCUACAAAAUGUAUCAUCAACGAUAACUGACAGUGUUAAACAGGCGAUUCAGUAGUGAAACCGAGGUUAUGAGGAGUUUCGGAGUCAGAUUCCUGCUGGGCUCUGCUGUAAGCCACUCCCCCCGGCACCGGUACUUAGCCCCGCCCCCAAAAAACGUCCCCCACGUCAGCCCCCGUCUCAUCUCCACAGCCACCAUUGUACGGUGUUUUCAGACUAGGCCAGUGUCAUUUCCCUCUGUGCAUGUGAAUCAUAGAAAUUAGACUUUCUACUGUUAUAGUUCAUUGUGUGGAACCUUCAGUAAUUGUCAACCAGAACGUUCUCAGGGAUUUCUCUACGCAGGAAAAAGGCGGAACAAAUGAACGACUGACUACAGGAAAAGACAAAAACAUGACACAACAUGAGCGAGCAUUUAUUCUACUCUGUAUAUAUGCCAUAGUAUAUGUCUGAAUAUGGAGGAUCUGAAAGUAUAUGUUAACUAAUUUAUACAGAGUAUUCUAUGUAAUGUGAAAUACUUGAAGCCGCUGUAGUUUGCUCUCUCUCGCUCUCCUUCUCUUUCUCUCUUUUGUCUUCUCUUUGUUUCUCUUUUGUUGAAAACAGAACAUAUCAGAAGGACUAGGCCGACCUUGGGGAAGACUCACAAGGUCGCACGUGUUCCUACUUGAGACGCUGGAUCCCGUCAGAAAUGCAGAUUGACUCAAAUUGAUGAUGGCGGAGAAAAGCACCGUCGUUCAUUCCUGCUGACUGAAGCAUAGAGAGGCGAGGGUGGUAGACUACUUCAGGCCACUGGUCGAUAAAUGUUUGAAAACACAAUACAGAAUUUCUUGAAGUACUUUAGUUAUGCAUGUAAGCUGUCGUACUAGCCUAGUACUCCAUAGGACUCUAUGGGCAAAGACUAUAAUGUGCUUUAUACAGGAGCUAAUUGGAGUUGUGGUCAAAAAAACGAUGUAUUAUGUGUCCAGCCUUACGUGAAUAUAAGGACAUAUCUCAGCUCAAGUCUGCUUCAUUUUACAGUAAUAUAACCCUUGUUGAAGUAACUUAACUCACAGAGAUAAUUAUGCACAGGUUCAAAUAAUCACAAAUUUCAAAAACUGUCUCCUCAGCUCUCGCUUCCAUCCUGCAGAAUUUCCAGUGUCACCAAACACUUCGGAUGAUCAGAUGUCCUGUCACGACUUGCUUUCUUCACCCCGUUCCGUUUUCCUUUCUGUGCAUCUCUUCUUGUGUUGAUUAAAGAUAAAAGCAGCCUUUUCUCUUGCCUUGUCUUAACGCUUUAAAGUAACCAAACAGGAGAUCUAUCUAACAACCAAACGCGUUCUAAGAGGUGAGAGACAACCCACCUUGGUCCCAGCUUUAGUGUCCUUAAUUAGUAAGUGAAUGGCUGUGUAACCCAUGCUUUAACAAAGCAAUCCUCACGUGUGUUUGGUGAAAACAAUAUGUUGUCCAGUGUCUCUUGUUCUCUUCAGAAACAAUUUCCUCUAAGUCUUUCUAGCUGUUUUUUUGUUUUAUUUUUGUUUGUGUAGGAAUCUUCUGCUCUCCCAUUUUAUUUAUUACAAUGUCCCAUGUAUACAUGCUUAUGAAAUUAAGAUUUGAUACACCGAUAUCAAUUUAUUUAUGUAACUAAAUCACUGUUUUAUAAUCUUGUUAAUGAGUCAAUAAUUGAUUUUUUUUUGUUUUUGUUUUUUGUUUUAAUAAAAGUUAGUUUUUUGAAAUGUA